AUGAACGUAACCGAGCAAGUCGAAAAAUCUUUCCAGAAGCAGGAUGCUGUCUCCAUGAAUUCAAAGCGCAUCAUCCUUCGCAACGGCGUCAUCAAACGCUACUACAAAGAUAUUGGCCUUGGCUUCAAAACCCCCAAAGAGGCAAUAGAGGGCACAUACAUUGACAAGAAGUGUCCAUUCACCGGAAACGUCUCCAUCCGCGGCCGCAUCCUUACCGGAACCGUCAAGUCUACAAAGAUGAAGCGUACCAUUAUUGUUCGCCGAGAGUAUUUGCAUUAUGUUUCCAAGUACAAUCGCUACGAAAAGCGCCAUACCAAUCUAGCUGCGCAUUGCUCGCCGUGCUUUAUUGGAAUCCAGCCUGGUGAUGUUGUGACUGUCGGAGAAUGCCGUCCCCUCUCCAAAACCGUCCGCUUCAAUGUGCUCAAGGUCCAGAGGAAGGAUAACAAGUCUGCCACUGCCACUUCGGGAAAGCAGUUUUCCAAGUUCUAG